GUUGUCCUGAGCCAGGCACGGAGCAUUACCAAUUGAGCAUGCGCGAGGACUUGGGGAUAUUAAUACAAGAUUUGGCAUAAUUCCCUAUUUCGAUAUUUCUUUUCGAGAAGGGCGGACUGAUUGAGUUGAAUUUCUGACAUAAAAGGCGCAACAAACUGACCAUGACGUGGGGUGUGACCACCUCGAAUCCUGAGAAGCAGCAGGCCAAGGCAAUUUCUGGCCAGGUACCUGACUUCCAGUUGGGUGCCGUUAAGAAAGUGGAGGUGGAACCAACGAUGAUGUUGGCUUCUAAAAAGGCUUACAUCUGCGCAGGUAUGAUGCUUAUCUGUGGCCUCCUCACUAUCAUUGGAGGCAUCUGCCAAGAGUUUGCUUUGUACAACAUGUCGGGGAAGUUCCAUGGUUGGAGCAUCUGGACCGGGGUCCUCUUCACCAUCGCCGGUACCUGCGCUGUCCUUGCAUGUAACAAGCAGAGUAAGCCAAGAAUGAUCUCGGCUACAGUGUUCUCGAUCUUGACCAUCAUCACAGCACUCGUGGUCAUCAUCUUGUUUGGCUUCUGUGUAGCAAAGGGCGUCAAGAUGCACCGCAGGAUGACGGAAAGGAAAGAGAGGCAGUGGAGAGAGGAAUUCGGAGAACAUUUCGAUAAAUUCGGUUGGCGGCGUCACUUCAAGGAGGGUGAUUCAGAUGAAUCAGGCGAACAUUGGCGCCCACACGGCGGGAAACCUCCACUGCAUGGAAAACCCCAGCCAGAGCAUCACCAUCGGCGGCCUUGCAAGACCAAACGACCUGGCCCAAGACCGACUAGAAGUCUAAAUCCAAGACCGACACCGACUUGGCACCCUUGGUAUUGGACACCCAGACGCUGGGAUUCUGGCCGCUUUACACCGACGGGUCACCCCUGGCCAACACCAACGGGUCGCCCCUGGCCAAGCCCGACACCGAGAGGAUACCCUCGGUAUUGGACAACUAAACGCUGGGAUACAGGCCGCCGAACACCGACGGGUCACCCCUGGCCAACACCAACGGGUCGCCCCUGGCCAAGCCCGACACCGAGAGGAUACCCUCGGUAUUGGACAACUAAACGCUGGGAUACAGGCCGCCGAACACCGACGGGUCACCACUGGCCAACACCAAGGGGUCUCCCCUGGCCAAGCCCGACACCGACAGGAUACCCUCGGUAUUGGACAACUAAACGCUGGGAUACAGGUCGCCGAACAGCGACGGGUCACCCUUGGCCAAACCCAACGGGUCGCCCUUGGAAAAAGUCGAAUGGUCGCCCCUGGCCUAAGCCGAAUGGACGCAUAAGGCCGAGUCACCGCCCUUGGCUAGGAGGAAAGGACGGGAAAAGGAACAACGACUACAGCAAGUUCACCCACGGCUGGCCACCAAUGAUGUUGUUUGUCGCGAGUUUGUUUGUGGUCACCUUGGUGUUGAUUGAGUUGGUGAAUGCGGUCCUCCUGACAAUCUUCAGUGUCAGGUCUCUGAAGGCAGCCAAGUACGUCCUCAUGCAUGAAACGGUGGUUGUGAACGUGCCCGCAGACGACAAAAAGGUCCUGGCAAAUAUCGACGAUCUUCCCAAAAUUUAAACAAAUCUAAUGACAUCGAUAUUCAACUAAAGUGAACAAUUAAACAAAAGUUCCAAUUCUCCAUUGUUCAAGAAAAUUAUAAGCCAAUCUCUGAUUGGUCAACAACCACGUGAUUAUGUUAUCUCUUCAUGCACGCGCUCUUCAGAAAACAGUUUGCUGAUUUCGUUAUGGACUGAAGACGACCUAAAAUAUUUCUUAAAACUUCUAGCGAGAGUAAAAACUCAUCAGAAUUUACAUACAUGUAGCUUCACACAUUGUUAAGCGUUGUUUACAGACAGCACGCAUCCAAUAUGGGCGGAGGUAACGGAGGCAAUACCGCUGGAAGUUCAGUAUGGAAUAUCCGGGGAACAAAUAAUUUUUUUUUGUGCUUUGAGUUCUGAGGAGAACCAUAUACAUACACAUCUUCCUGGGGGCCAUUUUCAACUUCUACGAUUGUCUUUGAUCGGUGAAAUUAUAGAGUGUUUCGGUCAACAAAUGUAAUUGAGGACUACAUGUAUAACCUUUCGAUAAUAGGACAAGAUAACAUUUCAAAUUGGUGAAGUGGGCUGUCUUCUCAUUAAUAGAUCUUUUAUUUAUUUCCUUUUAUGUACGUAUUUGAAAGAACUUAUUGAUACCUCUACAUUUAUAUUGCGUUUGCAUGUACAUGUACAUCGAGGUCUAUUGUACAAAGUAACUUUAGUAAACAUUUUUGAUAACUUGCAUUACAAACAACACAAUAAUUUAUAUGUAAAUGCACUGUAAUAUAUGAUUUAACAAUCAAUACGUAAAAACGAAAGAAAGCAAUUGUUUUCAAUUAAGACCCAUUAAAUCUCAAUAAGGCACCCUUUGUGCUGUACCAUGUUUUAAGAAUGUGAUUUUCAAGUCAGGUGGUUUUUUGUUACGAUUUUCACACAUCUUAUUGCAGAAAGAUGAUUCAUUUGGUACAUGUGAUUUAAUAAUCCUGUAUUCUCUUUGUUAACAUGUAAGUACCAAAGUUCUACAUUCAUAUCAAGAAAUUGUGAUAACAUAGUUUUAUAUGCCUUUUAACUGACGCUAUUGCACAAUUUGUGUCUGACUAAUCAAAAUAAAAUUAUAUGUUUAUAAA